AUGAAGUCUGCCACACAGUCUCGAUAUAACCGUUAUCCUCAGCCGACUACUGACCAGACGUCGUUCCAUAGCCGGGAGGCAUCGCUAGGGGACAAUGAUCAUGUUACAGCAGCGAUUGGAGAUUUGUAUGGGGAUUCUGACGAGGAAAAUCACGAUGCCGAGGACCAGUAUCACCGUCACCACCAGAGGAGGCCACAUCAGCAAGGCCAACAACCAAGCAUCAGAUACCAUCACUCACACCCACUCUCAUCACAAGUUCUUCCCGUAACCCCACCUCAAACACCAACAAAAUCAAGAAAAAGCCCUAGCAGUAGUAGCAACCAAUCCAGGACACCACCUCACAUGGAUAACACAUCGCCUUCUUCUUUGUCUGGAUCUUCGACACUGAGGGUGCCUGGGAACUCUCCCAAUGCGAACCAGGCGUUUCCCCUGAACAAUAUCGAUUAUGAAUCGAAUCCGGAUGCCGUGCAGCAGGAAUUGGAGAACCUACAGGCGUUACGACGGCUUUCCAUGGACGUUAGUAGCGUGGCAAACGACCCGGAUCUACCGAGCUUUAACAAUUUCUUCCCAUCUGUCGCACCCAAGGGCCGGGCUGAUGACGACGAUGCUGCCAGAUUGUUUUGGGUGCCUGCGAGAUUACAUCCCGAACUUGCACCUAAGGCGUUCAAGAAUUUCGUGGAAUCGCGGGUUGAGCAGAUUCGCGAGCAUGAGGGCAAUGGGACGACAGAUGGUUUGCAGGCCGGGCCGAGUUUGAGGAGGAAGAAGUCUAUGUUGUCGCGGCAGAUCGAUACCGAUGGGAAGGCUGCCGAGGGUUACGAGGAUGGAGCGGAUAAAUUGAGAAGGAAUAGGUCGAAUUCCGAAGGAGAGCAGGUUCUGACGGUAUCCGAGCUGGGAGAGGUGUUGGGUAAAAAGGACCCGGUGGAUUUGAUGAGGCAGAUGAGUUUGAGUAAGGCUGAGAAAGCGCUAAUAGGUGAUGCAGGACAAGAUGAGGACGACCAACCAAUAUUUCCAGCACCACCACCGGGAGGCUCCUUACGAAGAUCAACAAGGACGGCUCUGAGAAGAGGCAGUAUCCGAAAGGGUGAACGAGUGGCACCAUCUUCUAGGCGAGCUAAACUUGCAGCAGCAGAGGAAGGAAAGCCUGGAGAUGAACCAGAGUUCAAACUUUCUCGUGUCAGGACGGAGCCUAUUCCGUCAAUAUCAAUAUCCUCUGAUGAUGAAGAAACUAGGCCUCGGAGUUCUAGUUCUCGUCAGCAAGAGAUGUCGAUGAAAUCCCGAACCCGACAACCGGUAUCCCCAGUUUCUCCAAUUUCGCCCGAAGAACCCAAACGCCAGGCCAUCGCACCUCCUGGCCUAUCUCAACGACCAAUAUCACCACCUGAUCGACCCACAUCGGAAAGGAUGGCGAGAUCAAAAUCGGAACCGGAAUCGCCUUCACCACCUCCACGAGAACCCAUUCCUCCCAUCCCAUCGCAACCUGCCAAAGUCGAACGAAAAGAGGUAUCGUCUUCGUCGCAACGUGUCUCAAAAGAACCACGAGGGGGCCCGCCUAACGGACAGCUUCCGACGCUGCCUCAUGCACCAUCUCCUCCCUCGGCUCCCGAAUCGUCGAGUGGCAAGCAGAAACGUCCGACUCUGAAACGAGGGUCCCCAGGGACUAGCAGCUACGAGCCGACAAAGGACGCGACACCUUCACCUCCUGGUCCGCCUUCGCAACAACCCGGUGAAGUUAAGCGAAAGGAAUUACCAGGUCAUGGAGGACAACAAGGACCAACUAAGGAAGUCGGUAGGAAAUCUAGUUGGUCGUGGUUAACGCUCGGUGGUGACGGAGACAAAGAGAAGGAUAAGGAGCGGGAGAGGGAGAAGGACUCGGGUAGCAAGAAAGUUCGCAAAGCAAAGUCUAUGGAGAAGGAUAGGGACCGCGACGAUGAAAAGGAGCGAAAACGCGAAAUAAAACGUGAGAAGGAAAGAGAGCGGGAUAGAGAGCGAUCCAGUGAUCGAGAGCACGCUCGUCUGGACUUGCUACAAAAAUCGAUCGAUGGGCCCAAGAAACGCGAAAGCAUUGAUGGCAACACCGCCCGACCAUCGAUGGAUUCUCUUGAACGCGAACGAGACAAGGAGAAAGAAAAGGCUAGUAGUCGUAAAGCCUCGGGGUCUGAUAAAGAGAAAGAAAAGAAGGAACCGGGAAUCUUUUCAUCGAUAUUUGGAGGUUCGAAGAAGAAACAGGAAGAAACGAAGUCAAAAUCGAAACAGUCAAACCUUGCUGUUCCUUCGGGUCGGAGCAAAUCUCCUCCGGCACAAACCUAUUAUUAUACCCGUUUCCCGAUACACAUUGAGAGAGCUAUCUAUAGGCUCUCACAUUUGAAGCUGGCGAAUCCGAGGCGACCGUUGCUGCAGCAGGUGCUGUUGAGUAACUUUAUGUAUGCGUAUUUGGCGAAGGUGCAGCAGAUGCAGCCACCCAAUGCAGUUCAAGGAGCACAGCAGCAACAGCAAAUCCAGCAGCAGCAGCAGGCCCAGCAGCAACAACAAGCCCAGCAGGCUCAGCAGUACCAACAACAACAACUUGAGCAGCAAUACCACCAACAGCAGCAUGGAGGUGCUCAAGCCAAUGGUGAUGACUCACAACAGCUGGACUCGGAUGAAGAGGACUACGACUUUGAUGACGAUGGGCGUGAUGACAGGCCAUAUGACUCGCAGCAAGGUUACAAUGCACGAACCGCAUCGAGAGAUGCACCGAACAGUAAUGGAGGUGGAUAUAAUCAAGAUUAUGACGGUGACGGGUACGGGUACCAAGGGCACGAACAACAACAAUAUGAGCAAGACCAGCAAGUUUACUACCAGCAACAGCAAGGAGGUAGUGCCGCCAAUGGACACCCUGGGGAUGGUGGGUACCAUGAAAAAGAUUACGAUUACUACCAAGAUCAUGAAGGGUACGAUAGACGCGGGGACGGGAGAAGGUAUGAAGGCGGAGGGAGCGUAAGUGGGAAUAGGUAUCAUCAUCAACAGUCGAUGAAUGAUGAUAGAGAUAGAGAUUACUCGGAUGAGAUGUGGUAG